GCGACUCAUGAAAGGAGAGGCGCAUUCGCGUACUCUACGGAUGCCUCUAGCAUCAGUCAUUACGUAUAGGGGGGAAAGAGACAUCGGAUGCGCACUCCCCCUGACAAAAUAUCAGCCAGCUAUCCCGGACCUUGCUCGGAUGCGCGUCCUUUGAUUGCGUGCCUCGGUUGGAACUUCACGAGGGCACCCGGGUCGCCUUCGCAAGUACUGAUAGCAGACCGCACGCAAUCUUUUUUUUGGGCCUCUCUCUCCACUGAUAUGGCGCAAUGCACUGGAAUUCCGACUAGAUCCCUGCUCAAAAAGCGGCAAUUCGCCGUUGAUGCAAGAUGAGCCAUCAUUGCGUUGGGCCAUAGGCUAGAGCAGCCAACCAGGUAUGCGCCCGAUGAUGCCAUUCCCGGUUCUCGGCACUCUGGGAAGUCCUCGCGACAUCGUACACCGAGGUAGACGACAAACGCCAUGGCCUUCGGCGGCUUCUGAUAUGGGUAUAAAGCAUCAAGCCUUGGCUCCUAGACCAUCCCAAGAGGUGUCGGACAGGCUCAAUUGCAGUGAUUAAGUUCUGUAUCACGAUGUACACUACGAAGCUUUCCCUGUGGGGGCUAGCCGGAUCCCUGGCAGCCGUUGUAGCCAAGGGUCCAUUCUUGGAGUCCCUAAAUGACGGCACUUGGAUUAUUGGUAACGAUUUCUGGAAUGUUACACAAGGUCCGGUCUACGCGACAAAGCUUUUCUGGCAGGGUGUACCUGGAGCAGAUCUUGUCGGCUCCGCCGUCGGCCACUACACUGGUUAUGACGGGGAGUCGAAUCUCCGUUACACCAAUGCGACAAUUGCUGCACGCGGUACACACUUUAUCGACGUCAGCUUCACUGCGCCCGCUGGAGAUCUCCACUGGGUCAUCUUUGACGACCUCUCCGGCGCAUACCAGUAUUUUGUCAACCGUGCCCUGCCAAACAUCAGCAUUUUGCGAACCCUCUGGCGGCUGGCGCCGGAACACUUCACUCAUGGCCGCACUCACCUCAAGGAUGAGCCCCUGCCGGAUUUCGAUCUGUAUGCAAAGUCGACCAACGUUCAGGAUGAGACCUGGCAGCUUGCAGACGGGUCAUACAUCACCAAGUACGACUGGUCCAACGCCGUCAGAGACCGUGACUUCUAUGGUGUUUACGGAUCUCGUGUUGGUUCUUGGUGGAUUCAUCCAUCCACCGAAUACUACAACAGUGACCAUCUCAGCCAGACACUGACCGUGCAUCGCGAGAGCAAGACCGGCGAUGCUGUCCAGCUGAACGUCGUGCAAGAUACAUCGCACUUCCGUGUCGGCCAAAAGACAACUCAGCCCGUGGGCAAG